CCGAGGGGGGGGGGGGGGCGACCGUGGGGGGGAGGAGUCCGAGGGGGGAGGGGCGGGGCGAGGGGCGCUGUGGGCGCCAUGCGGAAGCGGCUGCUCGUGGUGGUGGCGGCGCGCCCUCUCCUGCAGCUCCACGCGCUCUCCGCUCUCUCCGCCUGCAGGGUCGACGCGAGUGUGGGAUCCUUCCUCUCGGGCCAGUGGUGCAGCUCGUCAACCGCCCGCGGAGCGAUGGCUGCGGGACCGCCGCCGCCGCCGCGAUCGUGCAGUGCCGCGGGCCGCGACGCCUUGGCGGCCGGAGGCUGCGCCCCCCUCAACGUGAAGUGCCGUGGGGGGCUCUACUCCGGCUCGACGGUGAAGCGCUUCCCCGUGCCUGACGACCACGUGGCCUGGGGGGCGGCCUUCCCCGAGUACGCGCCCAAGGAGUACACGGCGCCUGCCGUGCUCGCGGGACCCGUGUGGGCCGACCCGCAGCACACGGAAGACUGGGGUGGGCGACCGCCUAAGUUCAAUGAACUGGACGGGAAGAUUGACCGCAGGAGCCACAUGGGACGCUACGAGGUGAUCGACGGACUCUCCAGAAACCCGAUUGGCAGGACUGGGAUUAAGGGCCGAGGGCUCCUGGGCAGGUGGGGCCCUAACCACGCUGCAGACCCCAUCGUGACGAGGUGGAAGCGCGUCGGGGGCGUGGUGGAGAAGAAGGAUGGGAAACCCAUCCUGCAGUUCGUGGCCAUCAAGCGCAAGGACAACAAUGAGUGGGCAAUUCCUGGGGGCAUGGUGGAUGCUGGGGAGAAGGUCUCUCUCACGUUGCGUCGAGAGUUUGGGGAGGAGGCCCUCAACUCCAUGCAGCUCGGUGGUGCCGACAGGAAGCACCUCCAGGAGCAAAUCAACAAGCUCUUCUCUGCCGGGGAGAUGGUCUACAAGGGCUACGUGGAUGACCCACGCAAUACCGACAACGCCUGGAUGGAGACCGUGGCUGUUACCUUCCACGACGACAACGGGGAGAACGUGGGCAGGCUGCCCUUCCAGGCCGGGGACGACGCUGUGGGCGUGAAGUGGGUGGACGCGCACUCGGCGAUCAAGCUCUACGCCAGCCACACGCUCUUCCUGCAGAAGACGGCCAAGCUGAGGCACGCAUACUGGUAGUGUGGCAGCGUGGUAGUGCGGCAGCGUGGUAGUGUGGCAGCGUGGUAGUGUGGCAGCGUGGUAGUGUGGCAGGGGUGCCGUACCAUCUCCCACCCACCCACCACCCUCACCGCCUGUGCGUCACCGCCCGCUGGGGCUUGUGGUGGGGGAGGUGGGGGGCUUUCCUCGUAGAGGCUGUACACAACACUGCAGAUUCUUUUCUUCCAACGAGCCCCCCCGCCCACCUGCCAGUCACAAAAAAACAUCACCUGGGACUACACCUAAAAUAGGCAAGGCUAUUUCGGGUACCGUUGUGUAUGUCGGGAUGUGCAUAGCUUCAAAGCAGUAAGAACCAUUUGAGGUAUUUUAUUGUAAGAAUUCAAUGGUCACCAUCUCCCUGCUCAAACAAGCAUGGUGGGUGGUGGUGAGGGAUACUCAUGUUCAAUGGGAUCUCUGAGUCAGCAGUUCGAAUUCGGCAUUGUUGUGGUGGGAAGGAGGCGGGCAGCUUAUCCAUAGAACAAGGCUUGUGUUAUUCUAGUCAGUGAGGAGUGGUGGGCGUAGUGGUUAGCUCACCGUGCUAACUUGGGUUCGAUUCCCCGUCAGGCACGCCAAGCUUGGCUCGAAUAUCCCCGCCGGAUUGUGCGUGGGCACAGCGGUUGUGCCAGUCCACUGCUGGAUGAGGGCAUCGUGGUAUGGUUACUGGCCGUGGGGUUGUUAUGUUAGUUUCACCGUACUUCACCAUAAUGCAGGGAGCAUAGAUGUGUGGGGACAACACAAUUCCAACAAUGCAACUUUGCUGCAAUGCUCUUUGCUGCCCACAUACCACAACCCCCCUAAGUUGACUUGGCCUUAAAUUAUUAUUACCUGGUGCAGUGUGUAAGCAUCAGCACUGGGUGGGGGGGGGGGGUGUUGUACGUGGUGCUCCACACACCACCUAUCCGCUGUCGUCCUUUACGCUUAACGCAGGAGGUAUCUUGGCAGUGUAAAAACCACGCGUGCAGCUUGCGCAUAUCUCCUGUACAACGGUGUGCUCGACUUUAUUAGAAUUGUAUCGGCUGUGCAUGUUGUGGGGCGAGCAGUCUUGGUUGAUUUUCGCCGUAAAGGCAUCAGAAUAAACAUAGCCUUUGCCCA